AGAGAGAGAGAGAGUUAAUGCUCGUGUGUGUGUGUGUGUGUGUGUGUGUGUGUGAGCGGCUGUGGAGAGACCAGUGGGAGGCAGAUGGAAGUGAGAGGGAGUGAGAGGGAGGGAGAGGAAGGCCGGGCGGUGGGUGAUGCGGGUGCGGGUAUAAAUGCAAGGCGCGGCGCUGACUGCUGUGUGGUGGAAGGGGAGGAGGGGAAGGAAAGGAAACGGUGAAGUGUUUGUUGAUGGAGAUUUUCAAAGUGACAUGGUGCGCAGUGAGUUGUGAAUUGAAAGUAAGGAUGAGAGUGAUAAUGAUACUGGUAAUGGCGAUGAUGAUGAUGAUGAUGAUGAAGUGACGUACAGUGAAAUGGUGAUGAAAUGAGCUACAUUUGUUCAUGUGUACACAUAGAAUUGAAAUAGAAUCUAAAGUCAUCGAGAAAAUUGUAGCGUAAGAAAGUUAAGAUAAAGAAAAUAAUAUGUCCUUACUGACUGAAGUGUUAGUAGGUAAGAAAGAAAAAAAUAACGUAGAAAAUAAGUAAUUCUUCUGAUCAGAGUGUUUUUGUUGAACUAAUCGAAAAGAAGAAAAGAAAAGGGAAAAAUAACUGAAUAAAAAAUAUAUACUAUUAACGAUGCAGUACAGCUUACCAAGUGCUCAUUUCAGUAGUUCAGUAUUUGAUGUUGUAAAAGACCUGUUCCCUUUGUAAUUUGCGGAAGUUGGGGAAAAGAAAGGGAAAACAAAAAAUAGAAGUGGAAAAUAAGAGAUGAAUGUUUCAGAAACGAUUCGUGAUUGGAAGAAGUGGGUGUUUCGAAAUAUUUAGCAAAGGUCCGCUUCAUUGUGAUAGGAGGGCGAGCAAAGCAGGGUGACUGUCCGGGGUUUGGGUGUCUCAGUGUCUCAUGUUCUCGAUCGAAACACUUGUCUGAACAAGGGAGUGAGUAUGUGCCAAUAUUCUUAAGCUACUAACACACACACACACACACACGAGAGCGCACACACUUUUUCGAAUCAGUGAAGCGUAAAUAAGUGUGAUGUGUAUGGCGUAACAGAUCUGAGAGAGAGAGAGAAAGAGAGAGAGAGGUAUCCCCUAUCAUUCAACUCGUCAACUUUGUCAUAAUAGAAAACGUCGCCAUUGGAUUCACUGCUUCACAAGGCUCAUUCUAUCUCGUGAGUCCUGAGUCGCUUCAAGAGAGAGGCUCAGAUCUUCGGGUGCUCGAAGUGAGAGAUGAUAGCCAAGAAGAAGCGACGUGCGGAGAAUGGCAGUGGUGAAGGAGGAUGCGAGGAUGGUAGCAGAACCGGGAUGACGAAGGAGGAAGAGGAGGCUAAACUGCGACAGCUCUUCUCUGCCGAGGACUACGAGGAGACACGCUGUGGCUUGGGUCCCUGCACUCCUUCGUGGCUGCAGAAGUACGCCACGAAGGAGGUGUACAUGCUGGUGUACUGCCUGGUGGGGUUGACGCAGGGCAUGUUCUUCACCUACAGCGUCUCCGUUAUCUCCACUAUUGAGAAGAGAUUUAAGCUGAAGAGUAAAGAAACUGGUAUCAUCCUCGCGGGCAAUGACAUCUCCCAAGUGUUGCUCGCCAUCUUCCUGAGUUACUACGGCACCUUCGGACACCGCCCCCGCUGGCUUGCCGUGGGCGCGCUUUUCACUGCCGCCUCCUGCUUCACCGCCUCCCUCCCGCACUUCUUCUACGGAGCGGGAACGGGUGCGGAGGCUGUAUUGGCGGCAGUGUCAGCUUCAAACGAGACAGGUUCUAAGUCCGCGGAGGAACUGUGCCACACGGGAAGUAAGGAAGACUGCAGCGACGACUACCGCGGCUCGGAGUACGUGGGGGUCAUGAUCUUGUUGUUCCUGUCGCAGUUCUUCGUAGGCAUCUCCAUCAGCCUCUUCUACAGCAUCGGUGUCUCCUACCUCGACGACAACAUCAACAAGAAGACCUACCCGCUUUACUAUACCCUGACCAUCCUGCUGCGCAUCCUGGGGCCCGUGCUGGGGUUCAUGUUGGGGGCGCGCAUGCUGUCCUACUGGAUCGACCCUUCCAAGGAACCCAAUAUCUCCAAGAAGGACCCGCGGUGGCUGGGCGCGUGGUGGCUCGGCCUCGUGUUCCUGGGCGGGGCUCUCGUGGUCUCUGCCAUCCCUCUCUUCUUCUUCCCACGUAAACUGCCGGCAACGCUGAGACGAGAAGGCAAGAGGUAUCUGCGCCAGGCCGAGAAGAACCGAAAGGCAGGAGGUAACAAGAGCCCGAUGCACUACCGCACCCUUCACAACAAGAAGAAGGAGCAAGCCAAACCCACCAUCAAGAACCUCGGCAAGGCCCUGAAGCGGCUGUUCACCAAUAAGAUCUGGUUCGGCUAUCUGUUCAGCAGCACCGUCACCCUGCUGGCACUCUCCGGCUACUGGAACUUCAAGCCCAAGUACCUGGAGAACCAGUUCAGGAAGAGCGCCACGGAGGCCAACUUUUACACGGGUCUGGCGAGCCUCGUGGUGUCCGUGGUGGGGUCACUGGUGAGUGGGUCGGUGAUGCGAUGGGGGCGCCCCGGGCCGAGGCUGGUCACUGGCUACAAUAUCUUCAUCACCCUCGUCACCUGCGUGGGCUACAUCAUCCUCAUGUUCCUAGGCUGUCCCAAGCUGGACGUGGUGGGCCCGGUGCAGGGAGCCCUGCCACCCGCGUGUUCCUCUGACUGCGAAUGCUCUGCUAAGUUCACACCAAUCUGCUCUCAGGACGGACAGACCCUUUUCUUCUCCCCAUGCUACGCUGGCUGCCUGGCGGACAAUAUUACGGCAAAACCUGUGGAGUAUAAUCAGUGCAAAUGCAUAAACAUCAACGCAAAGCCAGACAACACGUCACACAUGGCCUGGCCCCCGCCGCCCUCCACGCUGCCGCCGCACUCCAGCGACAUCCUGAUGCCGUCCGAGGAGUGGGGCACGGCUCAGCGUGGGUACUGUCCCGAGCCCUGCAACGCCUUCUUCUACUACCUAAUGACACAAAUCAUCAUCAAGACCAUCUCCUCCACGGGACACAUCGGCUCCAGCAUCGUCCUAUUGAGGGCAGUGUCUGAGGAGGACAAAGGCUUAUCUCUGGGCACCAUAACAGUGUUCAUCAGCCUUUUCGCCUUUAUUCCUGCACCGAUCAUCAUGGGCGCUAUCAUUGACUCGGCAUGCGUGGUGUGGGAGACGUCCUGUGGUGUGACGGGCAACUGUUGGCUCUACGAUUCUGAUCAUUUCCGUAGAGUUCUGCAUCUGGUCCCUGCAGUGUUGCUGUUCAUCUCUGUUGGUGGAGAGUUGAUCGUCUUCCUGAACAGUCACAAGCUCGACCUGUACGGUUUGAAAGACGACGAGGUGGAGGACGACGAAGAGGAAGACGGGAAGAAGAAGCAGGACGAGGAGGAGAACUCAGAGGAAGGGAUCCCGCUUAAGACAGACUCGCUCAUGGGAAGUGUGAUAACAUAGCGAAGGAGAGAUGAAGCAACUCAGGUAUAAAUAGGUGUAUAUAGGCAGGCAGUCGUUUUACACACACACACACACACACACACACAGACAGUUACUAUGAUACCAAGUUCUUUACAUAUGACUAUUUUCAUAUCUAUACCCCCAAGCUUUUUUUAGACUUCGGUAAUAAAUUUUGUAGUAUUU